ACACUUUGUUGAAAAACGGAAUCGUAUAUUAUUAAAUCUCCAAAUCUUUUGCUGCAGUUUUUAAGCAAAGCCGCUAAAAAAAAGGAUAAAAAGGAUAUUCGAUUGUACUUUGGUUGGUCGUUUCUUUUGUUUCUCUUUUUCUGUUUCUUUUAACGCUUAUUUGGAUCUCAUUGACUCCGCUCCGUGCGGUCAAACUUAUUGAAAAGAUUGCAGCAUGGAGCGGGAUACGAACGCUUUAUAUGUUACUUUGGGGGUACAAAAAAGCUCUACCGAAGAAGAGAUUAAGAAAGCAUAUCGACGUUUGGCAUUAAGAUUUCAUCCUGACAAGAACCCAAAUGCUGCUGAUCAGUUUAAGGCAAUUACACAUGCAUACGAAAUACUUAGCGAUCCUAAGAAGCGAUCAGUAUAUGAUAAAUAUGGGGAAAUGGGAGUAAAUAUGAUGGAUUCGGUAGCCGGAUUUUUAUUUGAUCCAGAUAUCGAAGGACCACUUUGCUUUUUUUUCACUGUCAUUUCAAUUUCGAUCAUUCUCUUGAUCUUGUUCUUUACUUUUUUAUCGAUAAGAGUAGAUGGAAAAGUAUCAUGGAGCCUGGGAGUUGUGUUUAUACCAAUAUGGAUCGUAGAUCUUGUGGCAUUUUGUGUUUUGGUGGCACAAACAAAGAAAGAACCGACUGAUGAUGAAAAUGAUGAGGAAGAAUUUGAAGUUGAUGAUCCUGGAAUCAGGGAACAAGCGAGAGAGAAAAGAAGACAACAACAAAGAAGAUUACAUCGUAUUAGAAAUUUUUUGGCGAUUGCAUAUGUAUUAUUGGUCUUUACAUUUCAAAUAUUAAUUGUUCUUCGAGCCGAUCGGGUUAUAAUUUGGAAUGCAGCUAUCGUAUUUAUUCCAUAUUUUAUUAUUGAAACUAUUAAUAUGUAUCCAAAUAUCAUAGAGUAUAUUGUCAUACUCAAAACUUCUAGGAUAUAUGAUGAUAACGGCAGUCCUUCCUUAAAGCUCAAGAUUAAAAUGUUCUUUGAGACCUUUUGGUGGCUUUUAAUUAGAGUAGCUUUAGCAAUCUUGAUCGUUCUUAGGAUUGAUGAAGUUAUUACUGUUAGCUGGGGAAUUGUUUUCUUUCCAUUAUACUUAAUUGGACUUCGUUAUGCUCUUUGGAUCUUAUGGCAAUGGUUAGCAUUAAGAAAAGCCGAAUCAUUGCAAAAUAGAUUAAAAGUCGAUGUCAUAGUUUCAGCUAUUGCAUUUGGCAUAGUUGGAACUUUAUCUUAUACUCUAAUAGGAUUAUUAGCAAGCAGGCUUGAUGGAAAUAAUAGAAUUAAAUUAUCCUCUAUUUUAAUUCCUGUAUUUAUUGUCUUAUCACUUUUAUUUUGUUGUACAGGUUGUUGUUUACCUCUUGUUUUCUUGAAUUGGGGGGGAAUUGGGGAUGAUUUAGAAGGUAGUGCUGAAACUUCAUUGAUAUCACCUGAUAAAAGAAUAACUUAUCCUACUAUAGCUGGUCCAAGUUCCUCACUUGCAAGAAACAGCAAUGAUACAGUAUAAUAAUUCAUCAAAGAAAUUAGUAUAUAUCUGAUGAUCAUCUUAUAAUUAUAGAAAAUUAUGACUGUAAUAUAUGAAAUAUAUGACAAAUUGGCCAAUUUUACUUGGCAAAUGAAAAAUUUAUAUGUAAUAUAUAUAUUUUAUAUAUAUAUU